UGUUUUGUAUCUUAUUUUUACUAUUUUUGGAAAAAGAUUUAUAUUUCUAUUACGUCGUGACGUCAUUUCUGUUCAGCCCGCGCUGCGUCCUCAGAUCGCAUUGAGCGCGCUGAGAGGAGGUAAGCAGUUAGCGGUGCUCUUCCAAUAUAGGAUUGUAAAAGUUCUAAAAGUUUGAUUAAGUCAAUAAUAUGCAUUAAUAUAGUUGUUCACAGUGUUAUAAAUGUAUUAAGAAUUGUUUUACGUAUGGAUGGAUUGGAUUUAAUAGUUUAUUACCGAGAACAGUGGUUUGAGUAUGUAUUUGCGUAUAUGUUUGUGUGCUCCAGCAGAACGUGGUGAUUUUAACAAAUUAAAUAACUGCCUUUAAUUUGUGCAGGUAAAAAAAUCACAGACAGACUGUAUCUUUCACACUCUGCUCUUUAAUCCAUCCAGUGUGUCCUGAGAUCGCGUUGAGUGCGCUGAGAGGAGGUAAAAAAUCACAGACAGACUGUAUCUCUCUAACACUCUGCUCUUUAAUCCAUCCAGAGGCCCAUAAUAAACUACGCAGCAGCAGCAGCACUUCCAGUGUCUCCUUGUCUUCUGUCACACAACGCAGACCGUAGCAGUAGCCAGAAUUGGGCCGGUUACACUUUCAUAAAUCAUAUAUCUCGCCUUCUCGAGCUAUAAGCUAUAGGUCUUGUGCAAUAGUUCAUACUCUUCAAAAUAUGUUCAUAUUAUGGUAAAAUGUUUUCAUAUCUAGGCAGGCACUCAGGGAAAACGCAUAAUUUCCCUGUUAUGGAAGUCAAGCAUGCAGCAAUAUUUUAUUCAUCAUUAUCUCGACAUAAGUUGUUUCUCAUGAUCUAAACAUUAAAAAAGUAAUUGUGAUCAUGAGAAAACAAGAAAAAAAUAAAAUAAUAAUGAAUGGCCUAUCCCUGCUUCUGUACUUUUUUGGUUGGAUCGUUAAAAACACCUCUCCCAGUUAGAAAACACGCCAAAAUUGGGAGACACCGCUCUUUUGUUCCGCAGAGACCUGUACUUGGUUUUAUACGAUCACAGAUAUCUCUGGAGCUGGAGCUCUAGCUCCUCCCAUUUGGCUCUGCAGCAAUUACCAAUGCACAGAUGAAUUUUGCUCCACAUUUUCAUAGAAUUUGGUGCAAAAGGGAGACUUGUCACUUUAACGCAAAAAAGAGUGUUUGAGACUCGUCGCAGCAGGUUCAGGUAGUUUAAGUACUUGUGUUUGUGCCAUAAAAAUAUCCAAGAAAAAAGAAGACAUUUGUGAGAGAAAAUUCUACAAGUGUGCAGCUGUAAUUUGAUGAAUUCGCAUACUGAUUUGCGGAUGAGCAAAAUUUGUCUGUGCCUUCACAUUUUUGAUGCGGGGGAGUUCACUUCGUCAACUAACAAAAAUGUGAUCCUACAAGUUUAUUCAUUUGUGUUUUGUAGAACAGGAUUUGUGCACCUGCAAUGAAGAAUUUAAGAAGGUGUAACAGGUUGUGUUGUGUUUGGAACUCUUAAAACAUGUUUCUCUGUGACCUCAAAUUUACUGAUACACAUGUGUGGCUGUUCUCUACUACUACAAAUCCCACUGUUACAGCUGUUUUGCACCAAAACCUUGAUAGUAUUUGUACCUUUAUAGUAACUUGACAUGUAGUCCUGGACUGUGGGCCACUUUGCUUCCUGACAACAGCAAAGUUUUGCCUCUUAUUCGUUUGUCUCACAGAAACAACGUUACAAAAGUGUCCUCAUGCGAUGCCCUCCAGCACUGGUGCCAAACUUACUGAAAUUAGAAAGAAGAAAACACAAAAACAUCCGGAAACCUAAUGCUCUUUGAUGAUUGAUAGCCAUGCCAGUGCGUUCAAGGUAUUUUGUUGUGUGCGUGUAGUUUCUGUUGACUGUGUUUUGUCUCAGCAAAGUUCAGUUUGAUAUCAAGUUGCUCUUGUGGAGUAUAAUUUUAUUGUGUCUCUUUGUGUUGAAAUAAAGUGUUUCUGAUGCAAAUUUAAAUCAUUGACUGAAAUUAUAUGAUUAGUAUAUACAGAGAUAUUGUAAUAUUGACUGAUCAUGUAUGAUAAUUAUAUACAGAGAUAUAAUUAUAUAUAUUAUAUAUAUAUAAUAUUAUUGCUGUAAUAUGAGAAAUUAGGUGGAAACAUAUAAAGCUUGAACAGGCACACCAUUUCCCUAUUAAAAACAUAAAAUCUGCAUAAAAUUCAUAUAAACAAAUGAUGCAAAAUUUAAAUCCUAUGACUAGCAUAUGAUUCAAUCUAAGAACUUUAAAUGAUUUGUAUGAAUAUCAGUUAUUUCCAAUAUUUUCUACAAAUACCCAACACCAUUGCAUAAUGUUGUCAUGUAAAACUCAUAUAACACUUUUUACAGUUUUCAUAUAUGAUCUAAAAAUCCCCAACAAGUUGUAUGUGUGCUUUUUAGUAUGAAAGUGGCCAUAAUCGGUCUGAUUUUUUAUAUGACAUGUAUUGGACUUUAAUGAAACACAGAAGGUACUUCUGGUCGAUUUAAGCAAGGAAGAUAUUUGGUUGCUGUAUAUGUUGUAUAUGUCAUAUGGGCUGUUGGUGGAUGGCCUGCCCCCUUUUUAAAGAUUUCCAGCUGUACCUGAAUGGUAAAAAUCAGCAGCAGGAACUAAAAAAGUCAUUAUUACAUUUGAAUUGUUACAGGACACGUUUAUGGAUAUCAACUAUAUGUUUUGAAAAAGUUUAAGCAGCUCAUAGCUCAAUUAAACGGAUUGUCAGACUCCUUAUAUAUUUCCUUAUAAACUUGUUUUCUCAAACCUCACUGAAAAGAAAUUGAAAUCACUGAAAAAUAGCAGUCAGCGCUACUCCUGCUGGAUCCAAGAAUUUAAGGAAAGAGGAACACAAAAAGAAAGAAAAGGUUGAAAGCUCUCCACUCAAAAGUUUAAAACAUGGCAACUGAAGACCGUGCUGUUGUUGAGGCAGUAAAAGCAUCAGGCAAGUCCACCCUGAAAAGGGCUAAAGCAAAAGCGAAUGAAACAAUUGGCCAGUUUUUUAAUGUCACACUGGACAUCGCUGUGACUGGAAAGACCGGAUCUGGGAAAUCCUCCUUUGUAAAUAGUAUCCGAGGCCUAAGUGACGAUGAUGAGGGAGCAGCACCUACUGGUGUCAUAGAAAUUACAACGAAGCCCACCAAAUAUGUGCAUCCUACAAUGCCAAAUGUGAAAAUCUGGGACCUGCCUGGAAUAGGAAGUCCGAAUUUCAGAGCAAAGAAAUACCUUAAAGAUGUUCAAUUUAAAAUCUAUGAUUUUUUCAUUAUCCUGAACUCAGAGAGGUUCACAGAGAAUGACAUCAUGCUGGCUAAAGAAAUAAGAAAGCAGAAGAAACAUUUUUACUUUGUUCGUUCCAAGAUUGACAUCGACAUCUCUUCAGAGCAAAGGAAAGCAAGAUUUAAUGAGCAGAAAGUUCUUGACACAAUAAGAGAUUACUGUGUGAGAAACUUGAAUGAACUGGGAAACCCUGAAGUUUUCUUGAUAUCGUCUGUUGAUUGGCAGAAAUAUGAUUUUGAGAAGCUUCAAAACACACUAACAGAUGAUCUUCCGGACCAUAAGCAAUCUGCUCUUCUUCAAGCUUGGCCAAUGUGCUCUGCUGCAACUCUUGAGAAGAAGAUCAAGUUAUUUAAAGGACUGACCUGGGCUGCAUCUCUUGCUUCUGUUGGUGUAGCAGUGAUCCCUAUUCCUGGCACAUCAGUAGCAUGUGAUGCAGCCAUUGCGCUGGUUUUCCUUUCAAGGUGCUAUUAUGCAUUUGGUUUGGAUGACAGAUCACUGAAAAGGCUUUCAGAAAAGGUGAACAUGUCCUUGCUGGAAUAUCGGGCCAAAUCAAAGUUUGCUAAUGCCAUCCAAAAAAAAGCAGUGACCACAAUACAUGUUGGUGCUUCAGUUGUAACAAUGUCUUGCUGUGCAGAUUUGGUGAGUCUCCUUCCAGGUGUGGGCAGUGGUUUGGCUGCAGGAUUGUCCUUUGCUUCUACUCAGUACCUCUUGAGAGAAGGAGUAAAUGAACUGGCAAAAACUGCUGGAGAGAUCAGAAAAUUAGCUGGGCUGGACACAAUCUAUUAACUCCUAGCUGGCCUGAACACAUGUCAUUAUCUUGAGAAUGUAUUACUUCUGUUUAUUUAGUUUAUUUCUUAUAAAGUAUGUGUACAUUUUCUGCAUUCGUCAUGGACUAAAUGAGAAUGUUUUUUUUUUUUUUUUUUUUAAAGAAGCUAAUUAUAUUUGUAGUUUACAUGCAUAAUGAGCACUUUAACACUUUAUUCUUUUAAUUUUUUUUUCAAUCUCACAUAUAAUCAUGUAUAUAUCUCAUACAU